AUGGAAAUGAAGGUGAAGUUUCAAUAGCCUUUGAAGAUUAAGUUUGUCCAUAAGGGGAGGAAGAUGACACACCAUUUAAUAUAAAUAUUGAUGAUGAAGAUGAUGAUAAUGGAAGAAAUUCUUAACGAAUUGAAUAAGAGAGCGAAGAAGAGGAUGACGAUAAUUAAUACAAUGAUGAGCAAGUUGAUUAUCAAAAUACAGAAGAUAAACAGUAUGAGUAAUCACAAGAGCCAGUUUAAGAGGAGGAACCUGAAGUGGUUGAAGAAGUUGUUGUAAAAAAAAGUAAUCCAAAACUUUAAUCUCCAAUAUCGGCAAAAUAAAAAGCAGAAAGAGAACUAAAAUAGUAAUAGAAAGCCUAGGCUCAAGGUCAAGGUUCAGUUCAAGGACCUUAAUAGGUAGAUGCAAAACCUCAAUAACCCUGUAUAAGAAGAGGAACCUGAAGUGGUUGAAGAAGUUGUUGUAAAAAAAAGUAAUCCAAAACUUUAAUCUCCAAUAUCGGCAAAAUAAAAAGCAGAAAGAGAACUAAAAUAGUAAUAGAAAGCCUAGGCUCAAGGUCAAGGUUAAGUUCAAGGACCUUAAUAAGGAGUUGCCAAACCUCAAUAACCUGUACAAGAGGAGGAACCUGAAGUGGUUGAAGAAGUAAUUGUUAAAAAGAGUGUUCCAAAACUUGAGUCUCCAAUAUCUGCGAAAUAAAAAGCAGAAAGAGAAUUAAAAUAGUAAUAAAAAGCACAAGCCCAAGGUCAAGGUCAAGGACCAAAACCACAAUAACCUGUAUAAGAGGAGGAACCUGAAGUGGUUGAAGACGUUAUUGUUAAAAAGAGUGUUCCAAAACUUGAGUCUCCAAUAUCUGCGAAAUAAAAAGCAGAAAGAGAAUUAAAAUAGUAAUAGAAAGCCUAGGCUCAAGGUCAAGGUUAAGUUCAAGGACCUUAAUAAGGAGUUGCCAAACCUCAAUAACCUGUACAAGAGGAGGAACCUGAAGUGGUUGAAGAAGUAAUUGUUAAAAAGAGUGUUCCAAAACUUGAGUCUCCAAUAUCGGCAAAAUAAAAGGCAGAAAGAGAAUUAAAAUAAUAAUAAAAAGCACAAGCCCAAGGUCAAGGACCAAAACCACAAUAACCUGUAUAAGAGGAGGAACCUGAAGUGGUUGAAGAAGUAAUUGUUAAAAAGAGUGUUCCAAAACUUGAGUCUCCAAUAUCUGCGAAAUAAAAAGCAGAAAGAGAAUUAAAAUAGUAAUAAAAAGCACAAGCCCAAGGUCAAGGUCAAGGACCAAAACCACAAUAACCUGUAUAAGAGGAGGAACCUGAAGUGGUUGAAGAAGUAAUUGUUAAAAAGAGUGUUCCAAAACUUGAGUCUCCAAUAUCUGCGAAAUAAAAAGCAGAAAGAGAAUUAAAAUAGUAAUAAAAAGCACAAGCCCAAGGUCAAGGUCAAGGACCAAAACCACAAUAACCUGUAUAAGAGGAGGAACCUGAAGUGGUUGAAGAAGUAAUUGUUAAAAAGAGUGUUCCAAAACUUGAGUCUCCAAUAUCGGCGAAAUAAAAGGCAGAAAGAGAAUUAAAAUAAUAAUAAAAAGCCUAGGCUCAAGGUCAAGGUUAAGUUCAAGGACCUUAAUAAGGAGUUGCCAAACCUCAAUAACCUUUAUAAGAAGAUGAACCUGAAGUAGUUGAAGACGUUAUUGUUAAAAAGAGUGUUCCAAAACUUGAGUCUCCAAUAUCGGCGAAAUAAAAGGCAGAAAGAGAAUUAAAAUAAUAAUAAAAAGCACAAGCCCAAGGUCAAGGUCAAGGUCAAGGUCAAGGUCAAGGUCAAGGUCAAGGUCAAGGUCAAGGUCAAGGUCAAGGUCAAGGUCAAGGUCAAGGUCAAGGUCAAGGUCAAGGUCAAGGUCAAGGUCAAGGUCAAGGUCAAGGUCAAGGUCAAGGACCAAAACCACAAUAACCUGUAUAAGAGGAGGAACCUGAAGUGGUUGAAGACGUUAUUGUUAAAAAGAGUGUUCCAAAACUUGAGUCUCCAAUAUCUGCGAAAUAAAAAGCAGAAAGAGAAUUAAAAUAGUAAUAAAAAGCACAAGCUCAAGCUCAAGCUCAAGGACCUUAAUAGGUAGAUGCAAAACCUCAAUAACCUGUAUAAGAGGAGGAACCAGAAGUGGUUGAAGAUGUUAUUGUUAAAAAGAGUGUUCAAAAACUUGAGUCUCCAAUUUCGGCGAAAUAAAAAGCAGAAAGAGAAUUAAAAUAGUAAUAAAAAUCACAAGCACAAGCUCAAGCUCAAGCUCAAGGACCUUAAUAAGUAGUUGCCAAACCUCAAUAACCUUUAUAAGAAGAGGAACCUGAAGUAGUUGAAGAAGUUGUUGUAAAAAAAAGUAAUCCAAAGCUUUAAUCUCCAAUAUCGGCAAAAUAAAAAGCAGAAAGAGAAUUAAAAUAAUAACAAAAAGCACAAGCUUAAAAACCUUAAUAAGUCAUUGAAGACAAGCACGAAUAGAAAACUGAUGAUCCCGCCCCAUAGACAAGCGAUUAAUAUAUUAAGGAGGAUGAAGAAUUAAAGAAUGAUAAUAUUCCUGCAGAGGCUCAAAGCUCAUUGAAUUAAGAAGAUAAUAAUGAUUACACAGAUGAAGACUCAAAAGAUCCUGAUGGUAAUUAUUAGGCAUCAGAAGGAGAGGUUAAAGAUAUUGAAGAAGGAAAAGAAGAAUACAUAGAAGUUGAAGUGGAAGUUGAAGAAGAAGUACCAGACGGAAAAGGAGGGAAGAAAAAAAUUAAAAAAUUAGUGAAAAAACUUGUCAAAAAAACGAAAUAAAAGUUGGCUAAAUUGGGAAAAAAUAUUAAAAAGUCAGUUGUUCAAAAACCAUCCUCACAAAAUCAAGCAAAAAGUGAUGCAACUGAAUAAUAAAAAAGUGAAGGAUAAAUUCCAUUAACUACCUCAUAAAAACCAAUUUCAAAAAAGAUUCUUUUCAACUCAGGCUCGGAUACAUAAAUGGAACCAGAAGAGUAAGAGAAUUUUUAAGUCGAUUCUCAGAAGGAAGAUAAUUAUAUUUACUUUGAAGAAUUUGAUGACAAAAUUAUAUAUUAUGAAUAUGAUCCAGUUGAUAAUACAUUCAGAAGAUCGUCUGUAGUUCAAAAAACUAAAAAUUAGAGAUCAUUAAUUAUACAAUCUUGGGAUGACUAGUUUGAUUCUUUCUCAAAUGAAGAAAGCUAUAAUAAUGAUGGUAAAAAAGAAGGUGACGAAUAAACAGGCACUGAAUAGGACGAAUAGAAAUAAUAACAGAAUAAAAAGCCUCAGGUAGAAUCUGAAAAAUAAUAAGAUAAUCCAUAGAAAUAAUAAUCAUAAGAGAGUCUAGAAUCUGAUAAGAAUAGUUAAAAAUAGAAAGAAUAGGUAUCAAAUAAUCACGAAAGUGAUUAAUAAAAUCCAGUAACAAAUAGCAAGGAAGAGCAAAAUCCUAAAGAGGCUAGCUAACUUGUUUCUGACGCAUUAAAACUUGAAAAAACAAAAGUCGAAGAAACAUAGAACAAGGAAAAUAAAUAAAUAGUUAAAGAAAUAGAAAGAGAUAGCUCUAUAAAAAUACAUUCUCUAAAGGAUGAAUACAAUCCUAAUGAACCAACUUAAUAUGUUCCUCCUAAACAUAAGGUAAACACAAGACCAUCAUAAGAAAAAAUAAUUAUUCCUGUGUCAACCAAAUACGUCUCGAGUGCCUUUGAUGGAGAACCAGCUGAGUAAUAUGAAUUUGCAGAUCGAGAAAUGCUUUAGGACUCAGAUGAAUAUGGAUAUGGAUUUUGGUUGAGAUACACAGAAAGUGCUCCUAAAAUACAUUCUCGUUAAGCUUAGACAUUUUAUUUUAUAUCAAGAUUGACAUCUAAUUAAGAUUAUAAAGAUUUCACAUUUUAUGGAGAUAGAACGCUGUCCAUCUUUUUAUUAGAGAAUACUUUUGUUUUUUCAACUUAUGAUCAUGGAGAUAAAAAAAAGGUGAAGGAUUCAGUGGUUGCUUUAAAUGAAGAAUUAGAAAGCAUGUGGUAUUUCAUAACUUUUUCAUACAGUUUGGCUAAAAAGUCUGCUAUUGGUUUUGUAUUAGGUUAUGGAAAUAACGGUAAGCUCUUAAAAACAGAAAUAUCAUGUUUACAUGUACCUCCGACCUAUUUUAAAUUAAUAAUAGGAGGCAAACAUCUUUCUUACUAAGGAUUUAAUGGAUAAUUUGCUAAUAUCUUCUAUGAUAUAGAUGCCCCAGCAUUUAUAGACUCUGAGUAAAAAUUAAAUGAAUUGAUAAAGUCUGUUAGCAAUCCUCCAUAAGCAGUUAGUAGUUUAACUGAUUUGGAAGUUUUAACAACUCCAAAACAAUUUAGUGCCAAUGAUAAAGGAGAUUCUUAAGUAUUGAAUCCAUAAGAAUCUUCUCUAAUCAUAGAGGAGUAUAGCAUAGCAGGUUGGUUUAGAUGGAUUGAUGAUUUAAAGGUUGACGAAUAAAAUACUUUCUAAAUAUUUAAUUUAAGAUCAACUCAAAAAAAAUAACCAAAUAAAGGAGUAUUAGGAGAUAGAGCCUUAGAAAUACAUUAUACAUAUGGAGGAGGAGCAAAAAGCACAGUCUAUUUUAAUACUUACACAAUAUAAGGUAAUAAAGCAAAAGGUUCAUCAUACAUUUCUAAAAAUGUUGAAUCUCCAAAUUUGAUUUGGACUUAUGUCUAUUUUGGAUAUGAUAAUGAUAAAUUAAAAACUUAUGGAGCAUUAAUUAGACCAGGAAAAGCAGAUGAAGUUGUUUUGGACCCAAUACAACACAAAUUAGUAACUAAAUUGUAUUUCACUAUUGGAGGAGAUGAAUAAAUAUCUUCAUUUAACGGAAAGAUUGGAUAUGUUGGAAUAUAUUUAGGACCUGGAGCAUUUAAAUAGAGUCUUGACUUUGGUUAAUAAUAUUUCUAUGGCGAUGGAGCUGUUGGAGUUUAUCAACUUGUUAAACCAAUCCAAUACAAGGAUGAUGCAGCAGAUCCAAAUCUUGUUAGAGACUCUUAAUAUGACGCUGAAUAACCAAUAGUUGACAAAAUCUUAUUGCAUGAUGAUAAUAAAUUGAGACUGAAUGGUUAAAGUGAAUAUUCAUUCAGUUUAUGGACAAGGUGGUUAUAAACAUUACCCAAAUUUUUAGCCUCAAGAGGAGCUGUCCACAAUAUAGCAAGAUUUGGUACAGCACCUUAUUUAAUUGAACAAGUAGAUGGAAAACUAAAGCGUGCAAAUACGAGACCUUCAACAGAAAAAGACCAAACUCUAGCAGUUACAUUAAGUAAAGAUGCUUAUGAAUUUUAUACGUACAAGGCCAAAGAUGAAAUUCAGUUUGAUAAUAUUGAAGGUUCUUGGAAUUAUGUUUACUUUGGUUAUAAGAGAGUGGGUACUAAUGGUAUCGCUAAGGGAUAUGUUUAGUUUGGAUUGGAAGGAGAAAUUAAAGAGGUAGUUUUUGAUAUUUUGCAUGAUUUCCUCUUGGAAUAUGUUGAAUUUGUUAUUGGAAAAAGUUCAGCUCCUCUUUUCAAUGGAUAAUUAUGUAAGAUCUAAUGUUCGAUUGGCCCAGGAUCUUAUAUAAGUUCAGCAGAUGAUUUAAAAUUAUCCACAUAAAACACUCUUCCAGAUAAAGCUCAAAUUCGUCCCAUAAGCAGAUAAACUCAAUAAUUAAUUGGAACACCAGUUGAUUAACCCAGUUAGAAGUUUUAAUUUGAUAAAUUUCAAGGUAUUAAAGAAUAUAGUAUUUCUGGGUGGGUAAAGUGGAGUGGAGCAUAAAAACUUGGAAAAACAUUCCAUAUUGCAUCAAUGGCUUAAAAGAAAUUAGAUGAUCUAAAUGGUAAAUUUGAAUAGACUUUACAAAUCCUGAGAUCUGAUUAAUCAUACAACUUUAACACUUAUUCAUGCAAAGGAGAUGAUUGCUCAGGUGUUGUUACAUAAGAAUAGCAAUUAGGAGAAUACUGGGAUUAAUGGACCUAUAUUUAUUAUGGUUAUUCAUAGGUAAUGAAGAAAACAUUUGGAUAUGUUAAGUUCACAUUUACUGAUGCUAAAUUCAAUUAAGAUUAAGUGACUCAUUUUUAUGUAGCAGUUUUUUCAAUUAUCAUUUCCUCUGAAGAAUAGAAAUUUUAAGGAUCCAUGAAGACUUGGGUUAUAAAUGUAGGUGAAGGUUCAUAUAGAGAAGGCAAUUUCGAUUCAGAUGAGAACAUCAAGGUUCAUUUUGGAUUUGUUAGUGGAACUGAUCAUAUUAAAUUGGAAUAGGCUGGAUAAGAAGCUCAUCAUAAUGAAUAAGUUCUUGAAUGUGGGUCAAAUGAAAAGGAUGUUCCUUUGCAUGUUCAAUUUGAACAAAGUGAAAAAUUGCAUCUCCAUGGUGUAAGCGAAUAUGGUUACGGAUUUUGGGCUAGAUUCUAGCAUUAUGGUAAGAAAAGCAUUUUGUAUUAACAACCCUAAUGGAUGGGUCUAGCAAGAUUGACAUCGUAAAAAGACUAUAAGGACUUUGAAUAACCUGGAGACAGAGGUAAAGGUGUUCAUCAUUUUUCAACUUAUAAUGUGCAACCUUAAUCCAACAAUGUAAAUGGAAACAUUCCAUAUUUAAUUGAAUCAGAAAGCGAAUGGACAUAUAUUUAUUUCAGUUAUAAGCGAAUAUCCUAAACAGUUGGACACGCAGUCGCUUUUACUUCAUAUAAUGAUAUUACAGCUGGUAUUUAAAUGGAUGUUCUUCAUAAUUUAUUGUAAGAUUACUUGUAAUUAACUGUUGGUCAUGCAGGAAGAUUCUAUCCUAAUUUCAAUGGACAAAUAACUACAGUGAGAUUUAACCUUGGACCUGGAGCCUUUAUUGAUAAUAAAUAAGGCAUUUUGGCAAGAAUUAAGAAUAAGGAUCCAAAACCAGAAAUUAUAUCAAAUCAAAAAUAAUUUGAAGUUAUUGCAGGAAAACAAGAUGCUACCAAUCUAAAAAUUGAAAAUCCCAUUGUUAUUGAAUAAGAAGCAAGAGAAUAUUCAGUUUAAUUAUGGUUUAGAUGGUUUAAGACUGCAACAAAACCAAAUUAAGUAAUUUACAGAUUAACAUCUAAUAAAGGAGAAGAUGAUGCUAAAAAUGUCGGUGAUAAAGUAUUAAUGCUUGCUCAUAUUGGAACAGCCUUAUUCAGCACUUAUUCAUUGUAAGAUUACACUUUAAAUAUUCCAUACGAAUGCAAUAUACCUAAAUAGUAAUUAGAGAUUUGGACUUUUGCUUACUUUGCCUACUCCAAGAAGGAGAGAAAGAUCCAAUAUUAUCUAAGAGCAGAUACUCAUGAAAAUAAAGGUCUUGAGCCAGUUUUACAUGCUGUGGCUUCGAAACAUCUGUUAUUCGUAGCAAGAGAUGGAUUUUUGGAAAAUUACUCUAGCAGAUUGGCUUAACUUACAGUCAACUUUGGAGAAGGAGCAUUUAGAAAUGAUAAUUUCCUUUAGUUGCCAGUUUACAUUUUAGGGCCUAAAUUAUUUUCAUAAGAGAAAAUUCACAAAUGGGAAAAAAGUGAGAAAUAAAUACUUGGAUAACCUCAGACAAUUAGGUUUAAUGAUUAACCAGAUAAGCCUAUUGAAUCUAUGUAAGAAUACAGCAUUGGAUUCUGGUGCAGAUUCUUGUAAGCUUGGCCAGAAAGAUUGUAUAGAUUACCACUUGAAAUGCAAUUAGUUAGACUAACUUAUAAUGAAAAAUUAGAAGUUGGAAAAGUAGCUCUUGGAGAUAGAAUUUUGGCUUCUCAUCUUAUAUAAAGUGGAUUUUAAUUUUCAACCUAUGAUUUAAAUGAUGAUGCUCCUAAUGAAUUGCACUAAAUUCCUAAUUAGAGAAUCGAAGGCUAAUGGCAUUAUAUUUAUAUGGGAUAUAUCAGAUCUAAAUAAGUAGCAUCAUUCUUUGUCUACGAUGGUUAAGAUAUGUAAUCAGCCAAGAAUUAGGAUGCUUUACAUAAGCCACUUGGAGAUUUUGUCAUUUUACAUAUUGGUGGAGAACCAGAAGUUCCAUCUUUCUAAGGAAUAAUAAGUAAGAUAGCUCUAAGCUUCGGACCUGGAUCUUUCUUUGGUUUGGCAGAAGAAGUCAAAAAAACUAUUGAUAGUAAUUAUGCAUUAGAUUAAUCACUUACAGUAGGAUUUAUCCACAAAGAGAAGCAUGGAUAAUAAGAGUUAAUUGGUAAAUUAGAAAGCGUAACAGAUGAAAUAGGAGGAACUGAAUUGAAGGGAGAAACAUGGUCAUCUGUUGGUGAAUAUGCAAUUAGUGGAUGGUUCAAGGCAUCUGAAGUAAGUGGAUAAAGUGCUAAUGAUUGCUAAGUAUUAUUCAGAGUUACUAAUAAUGAUCGAGAGCAUUUAAAUGAUAAGAGAUCUUAAGGAGAUAGAACAUUGUUUGCAUCUGUUUGUGUUGAUACUCUUAAGUUGUCGACCUAUACAUUGAGUGGAUUGAAGGAUUGGAAUGAGGCUAAGUUUUUAGAAGAAAAUGUUCCAUUAGGUCCUAAUAAGAGAGCAUGGAUUUAUAUUUACAUGGGUUAUAAUGAAGACAUAUAAGAAGUGCAUGCACUAGUUCACUUAUUUGAGGAAGACAAGCCUUUGAUAUUCAAAGGAGUUUAGCAUUUUGUUCCACAUUAUACUGGAAUUUAUGUCGCCAAAGAUCCAUUCACUAAGAGAUUCUAAGGUGAAAUUUAGAAAUGGGUGGCCUCUUACGGAUUUGGAGCAUUUGUGAGUGUAUAAAAGAGAGGUUAUGAAGAUCUAUUACUUAAUUAUAAUGCUUUGGCAAUUAAUCAAAAGUAUAUGUGGUUCAAUAAAGAAGAUUAAGUUGUUGAAACAGAAAAAACAAUAGUAUAAGAAUUUACUUAAGAAGCUGAAUCAGUUGAUGAGUAUUCUAUUGGAUUAUGGACUAGAUGGUUAGUUUCUUUCCCAACAACUUUAACAGAGAGAUAACCACAACAUAAUAUUUUCAGAUUCUCAUCUAAUAAGGAAGAUUAGGAUAAGAGUGAAUUAGGAGAUAGAGUACUUGCUGCAUACCUAACCAUAGGCAAUUAUGAAUUUAGUACAUACGAUAUUAACAAACCCUCUAAUGCUCUGGAUGCUAAAUUACCAUAUGUAGAAUUAGAAGGAACUUGGACUUAUGUAUAUGCUGCGUACAAGAGUGGACAAUUUUACGGCAUGGUUCUAUUUAGAGAAUAAUAGAAGGCAUAACAUGUUGAACUUUAAGUUUAACAUAAAGCAUUGACAGGUUAUGCUAAAUUUGUUAUGGGGGCAAAAGAGUUUGGAAGGAAAGGAUUCCAUGGUUGGUUAUUCGAUCCAAGAAUCUUUUUAGGAACUGGGGCAUUCAUUAAUGAAAGUUAGAAAGUUGUUGAUAUGGUCUUAAAACUUCAUCGCAAAUUACCAGUACCAGCUCUUGAUGCAGAAGACUUUAAAUGGCCUGUAAAUAUUAUUGAUACAACAUUGUCCGAUGAUGUUAACGAAAAGAAAGACAAGUUAUAAUUUGCUUUCACAAAUAAAGUAGGUCUUUUGGAAUACAGUUUCGGAUUUUGGAUGCAAAAUGGUGUUUUAUAACCUGAAAUGUCAGAUGAUUUAAGAGGUCUUGUUAGACUAACUACAAAUAAUGAAGGCUCAGAUGAACGAUACAUUGGAGAUAGAACAUUAGCAGUUUUCACUAAAAUUGAUUAGUUGGUUGCAUGCACUUACACUCUUAAAGACCCUUCUUUCGAACCAGUUUCACAUCAAUUCGAUUUAAUACCUUAUUAAUGGACUUAUGUGUAUUUUGGAUACACUUAAGGAAAAGCAAGAGCUUAUGUAUUAGGAAUCAAAGGACCCGCAGAGUAAAUCUUGUCAGUUAAACAUGCAGUUCCUAAUGCAUUCUAUUUAAAUGUCAUUAAAGAUCAAUCCCAUCCUCUAUUUUAUGGUAAAUUCUAUGGAUUAAAAGUCAAUUUCGGCUAAGGUAGCUACAUAGAAAAUCCUUAAGAAAUGAUAGAGAAAUGGCCUUACGAUCCUAAAAGUUUACCAGUUCCUGAACCAAAGGAAGAGAAAGUAUUAGCUCUUAACUCUGCAAAAGUAGAUAGAGCUCCACAUACUUAACAUGAGUAAUUCAAAGAAUGAAAAUUUUAAACAUAGAAGUAAUUAAUAUCCUUUUAAUUUCUUAAAUAAAA